ACAGGUAAGCGCCCCGAAGGCACUGUUGUCCGUUUAUAGCCUAAUGUUUGCUUUUCAGUUCUUGCGUUUGCAUUUACAACUCAAAAGUGAUAAAAGUUAUAUUUUCGUGUCAGGAUUAUCCAGUUGGGCAAAACAUGUAAGUGUGAUGAACUGUGUUUGAACACAGAGCUUAUUAUUUGCAAUUUUCAAAAAGCUUAUGGGAAAAUUCUAUGAGGAUUUUAGCGAGGGAACCAGUUUUUUUGCUAGCAGCUGAUUGGCCUACAAGGUGAAGUCAUAAUUCCUCUGCUUUAUAGCCACUCUGUUAUUUUAAUCCAUGCCUCAGAAAAUUCAAGUUAUUCUUAAAAUCCAGAGGUGGUUCAACAAAGUACUAGUGGUGUUUUUAUUUUGUGAUUCCAUAUCAUUUUUUCCUUAAAUUUGUUAGAUUCCAUUUUUUUUUUCCUUCUGUUUGAUCUGUGAAAACAGUUGUAAUUGACUACAGUCUGUGUUUCAUACAGCCAGAAGGUUGGAUUGUUAAAUGGAAAUAGUUUUGUGGCAUGUGUGAGUUCGUUUGUUUUUUUUCUACACAAUUAAACAUUUGAAUAACCAUGACUGGCGAUACCAUACUUUUUGCCAGGGGUUGUCAAAACUAAACCUUGCCAUAAUGGGAAUGCGAAGACAUUGGCAUGUACAGUAAUGUGACUGCACCUAUGGUGACACAAGGCAUUAAAAAAACACAAAUAUUAAUUUAAAUAAAUGUUUAAUAUAAGCUGGUGGUUCAAUUAGAAAUAAUAAUCACUAUAAAAGAGGCAGGGCUUAAGAUGCUUUACUAAAAAAAAAAUUUCUUCUUCACAGAAAGAGGAAGUGAGCGAAAGAAUAGUUCAUGCAUGGUCUAAACAAGUCCAGUGUGAAGUUUAAGGCAAAUGAUAAACUUCUGCAGAGUGAAGGCAUAGACAGCUUCAUCUAGACUUACUUUAAAAUGUUUGCGUUUACAACAAACUCUAAUUUCCUGCGCUUCUUUUGGAGAUUUGCAUUAGGUUUAAGUAUCUGCAAUGUGGUUUUAACUCGAAUAACAAAGCGCUGCAUUACUAUAGAGGAGCAUCUUCUCAAACAAAUGCCGUGGACUCCACACUGCCUCCAUUAUCCAGGAAAGGGUCCAUACGCAAACUGCAAUAUCACAGACCUGAGCACUGAUCUGUCACAGGUAGGCUUUGAGGUUAGAACCCUUUGUGUCUUUGGAGAUAUUACGAGCAUUCCUGCUAAAGCCUUUUCACACUUACCUUCUCUGGAGGUACUUCACAUAGAUGGAAUACGUCUGGAGAGAGUUCAGGCUGGUGCCUUUGAAGGACUCCCCAAUCUUAAGUAUCUGUCAAUGCUUUUCAGUGAUGAACUCUACAGAUUGGUCAGAAUAGAUAAUCGGUCAUUUGCUGGUCUGAAUAAUUUGGAGGAGUUGUCACUGACAGGUCUGAUGCUGCUCAAUGGAUCCAGUGGUAUAUUUGACCCAUUGGUUAGUUUAAUCAGAUUAGACAUUGUCAGAACUUGCGCACAAGACCUUGGUGAAAUUUUCUGUUGUAUUUCGAAUGGAAUGACCCGGCUAAGACACCUAAAUGUAGAAGACAGUGAGAUUUCAACAAUUGAGAACAAAGGAUGUCCAGGGGGCUCAAUGACCUGGCCGCUUACUGCCCUUUCUGGGGUUCAAAAUCUGUAUUUAAUUGGGAACAAUAUUAAAUAUAUUCAAGCAAACUCCUUAAUUAUAUUCCAGAACCUCUCAAGCCUUUUUCUGGAGUUCGAGGGCAAGUCCCUGGGCAGUAUUUGGGAGUCUGGAGUUGGAAAAGUCAAUGAUUUGACUUUGAAAGGGAAAGUAUUAAAAAAAUACUCAACAAACUUCAAAGAUUUGUGUCAUCUUGUAUCGAGUCUUUAUUCGCAAUCACUCAGCCUUGUUUAUACAUCAAUAGACAGACUAACUGCUGAGGACUUGAAGGACUGUGGGACUAAGUUGACAAAGUUAUUAAUCCAGAAUUCCAAAAUAGACAACCUAGACUUUAGGUUUUGGACCAGUAAACUGGAAAUGCAGGCCCUUCAAAUGGCCUACAUGAAGUUGACAGAUGCUCCCUUUUGUUUUGUUGCGAACAGCACAAUGUGGUCUUUAACCUCACUGGACCUCACUGGAAACUCUAUCACCAAUAUUGAAGGAGAUCAGUUUGCAUGUAUGCCUUUUCUUGAGCAGCUCUAUCUGAGCCAGAAUGCCAUUAAAACCCUACAGCUGCAUGCAUUUCGAGGUUUGCCUCGACUUAAAAUCCUGCAACUUGACUCAAACAAGAUCUGGCAGCUUUCAGCCAAUGAUUUCAAAAACCUUCGGGCUUUAGAGGUUCUGCUGAUUAACGAUAACAUCAUUGAGACCAUAGAGACAGGAACAUUUUGGGACCAGCGGGAGCUUUGUGAACUGUCAUUUGGUAGACUGGAAUAUGUUUAUGAGUUGCAUCUAGAGAACAUUUUUUUUGAAUUUCCACCAAAGUUACAGCGACUCAGCAUCGAUGCACAUUAUGGAACUAAUAUUUACAUUGGAAACGCAUCACCACCCAAUGGAACAUUUGCUUUGGAACUAAAUGGAGAGAGACUGGGUUUUGUGGGCUGUGAUAGUGAUGUUUUAAUGGCAGUCCGUGAGUUGAAAGUCAAUUGCACCUACUUCCUUUGCAAGGACAGUUUUAUGGCUCCCUAUUUCCUAAACCUGGAAUCUCUCGAGAUCUCAGGCGGAGCUGAAAGGGCACCUCUCAAUUACGCUACAAUCAAUAAUCUUCACCAUCUCAAGCAUCUCAAACUCGCAAGGUUGAACUUCCCCAAUUACACAGAAUCUAGGAGUGCCUUCUGGAACCUGACUCAACUCCAGACCCUCGUGGUGGUAAACUGUCAUCUUAGUUUCCUCACCAAGAGCAUGUUCAGAGAUCUGACCUCUCUGCAGCUGUUGCGUCUCUACAGUGACAGUCCUCUGAUCUUGACUGAUGGUGUGUUUGGGGUUUUACCAGUGCUAAAAGCGUUCAUUCUGGACAGAGUAGAUUUCCAGUGCAGUUGUGAGAAUGGCUGGCUACUUGAUUGGGCAGACAGCACUGAAAAAGUGCAGGUUAUCUACUUGCAAAAGCAGCAGUGUGUCUGGCACUAUCAGAAACUCAACUUCUUGGCCACAAUGGAGAAGCUCUGCCAGACUGAUGCGCAGUACAUCUGCUAUGUAGCCACAGCCAGCAGCAUUAGUCUUCUGUUGUCGGCAGCCGUUGGAUAUCAAUUUGCUCGCUGGCCUUCACUUGUCCUCUUCUUACGCCUGAAAGGUUGGAUGGAGAGGAGGUUUGGUCGACGGUGGAAUAGGAGAAGAAGAAGAAUGGAGGAUGACUAUGGGGAGAUCGAGGAGAUGCAGUAUGAUGCAUUUGUGUCUUUCUGCAGCCAGGAUGAGGCUUGGGUUUUGGGGGAAAUGGCUUCUCGGCUGGAGGAACAAGGUAACCCAAGACUGAGACUGUGUCUGCACAACAGAGACUUUGAGGUGGGUAAAGAUAUCAUGGACAACAUCACAGACAGCAUCCACAACAGUCAGUGCACUGUUUGUCUGAUCAGCCGGCGGUAUCUGCGCAGUGACUGGUGUGGUCUGGAGAUGCGAGUGGCCACACACCGGCAGCUGGAAGAGCAGAAACACCGUCUCAUCCUCAUCUUCCUCCAACACAUCUCUCCCUUUGAGCUCUCAGCCUUUCAUCGUUUGGCAAAACUGGUGAGAUCCCGUACAUAUCUGGACUGGCCAGAGGAAGAAGGAGACCGAGAGCACUUCUGGGAUCGACUAAGGAGGAACAUUGCAGAAGAUUCUGAAGCUUCUUAAACUACUAGCAGGUUCCUGCUCCAUGAAUGAAUACAAGGAAC